CCGCACCGUCGCAUUUAAGUAGUGUAUUUUGUUAACAAUUCCUUGGUUGACUGAGUUUCAUUUGUAUUUCCGCUUAGCCUUUUGGAGCUUAUGAUGAUUACUCUCCAGAUGGGUUCUGAUGAAUGGAAGCUAACCAAGAAAAGGAAGUGCAAUCAAGCUGAAGAUGAUGAAGAAAAACAGCCCACAAAUUACUUAGAUUCCCUUCCUCAGGAACUGGCUGUUGAUAUCAUCUCCAGGCUGCCCAUAAAAUCCCUCAUCCAAUCAAGGUUCGUUUGUAAGUUUUGGCAAAACUUGUCAUAUGAUCCACAUCUUGUUAGUUUGCAUCUGUCCAAGGUUUUGAGCAGCAAUUUUCAUUAUUUCAUCUUUCAUUGUGAUGUCCCAAUUAAGAAUCAGCUCUACUUUGUUGAAUUUUUCAAUGAAAAAGAUGAUGAUGGCAGUACUAAAUUAGAGAAAGUGAGAAAAUUUGAUACGCCUUUUUCUUCCUCGAUGCCUGAAUUUAAUGUGAUUGGGUCUUGCAAUGGUAUCCUCUGCCUUGAGAACUCCUUGUUUGAGGAAGGCCUGUAUUUGUACAACCCUUUUACUCAGGACUACUCAGAAUUGCCUAAAUCCACAGUUUAUCAGGAUCAGUUUGUGAUGUAUGGAUUUGGAUUUCAUCCCGUUACAAAUGAACACAAAUUGGUUAGAAUCGCUUAUUAUCCCACCACUUUUGAUGUCAACAUCGUGGCGCCUUCUCGCCGGUUUGCAUUGAGUCGAGAUAUGAAAUCAGAUGUCCAAAUUUUUACUCUAGGCAGUAACAGAUGGAGAAGUAUUGGAAGAGCACCUUUUGUGUUUCAGAAAGGGUCGAAUCCAGUUCUGCUGAAUGGAAGGUUGCAUUGGACUACCUGUUACGGGGUGCAUCACGGCCGGCCAGCAAACCGGCUUAUUGUCUCAUUCGAUUUAGCAGAUGAGACAUUCAGAGAGGUUCCGGGUCCUGAAUUGAAUCAUCGCAUCAGCAGGCUGAAUUACCAUCUUGCAGUUUUGGGAGAAUAUCUGUGUGUUGCUGUGCCUUUGCAUCGGGUUCCGGGGACUUUAGAUCUUUGGAUUAUGAGGGAAUACAACAGGAAAGAGUCUUGGGUGAAGGAGAUCACGGUUGGAGGUUAUACUCCUACUUUGAGGACUCAAGAAAUUCAGAGAUCAUAUGGGAUUUGGAGUCGCGGGAAGAUGGUUCGAGUUCUAUGCUUGUUACGCGAUGGAGAAAUCCUUCUGGAGUACAAAGGAGGCUCUCUGGUUUCUUACAAUCCAGGAACAGGAAUGUUUUUGGAUAUAACAUUUCCUGGACUUCCUCUUCCAUCCAAAACCAUCAUUCAUGUUGGCACCCUUAACAGAGUUGCCUCUCCUUCCCAGAUACAGAUCAUUCCCUAAUGUUGUGAGCUAGAAUGCCUGAAACAAUUGUUGGUUUUGGAAUACCCUGAUUGUUAUAUACAUACAAACUAUAAUGUACAGGUCCCGAUUUUUACUCUUCUUUUUUUUUUUUUUUUUACUAGAUAUGAUAAUUGAUGGCAAGUUUGUUUCACUUUUUGCUUCAUUAGACGCAGCUGCAGUAACUUAGUAGAGAGGGUAAUUCAGUUUUAAGCCUAACAUUCUUGACCCAAAGAAAAGAAGACUGCUUUUCUGAUUCUUGUCGGAGAUGAGCAAUCUCCAAUGAAGCUAGACGAUAGAUAUCGGAACUACAUAUGAAACAGAAACUACAUGAAACUCCGGUCAAUUACACUUCCACAGAAACCCUCUUUCUGUGCACAUUAGUACGCGGCAGACAGAUAUAUCAUCAGAUGAGGUCAUCACUUGGUGUUGUUCCGAUGCACAAAGCAAUCCAGUUUGUUCUGUUAUGGUUCGUAUUCCAUGCAUCUAUUCAUGGUGGUGUUGUUGCGACCGAUCCUUUUGAUUCAAGGACUGAAUGUGAAGUGCUGUGAUUCCAUAAAUAGUGUUUUUAGACAUGUUUCCAGAAAAUGUAAUGCAAAUCUAUGUCAUCAUGCGAGUUGAGUGUUUUUCAGUUUAUCAAUCUUUUAGAGCGCAGAUGUGAAGGUGGAGGGAGGGAAAGGACUCGAAGAAAUCUCAUAAGCCUCAAAUCAACCAACCAACAAAUACUAGUUGACAAGAAUGUUCAUUAAGCUUACGUCUUCUCGCAAAGCAUGGAAUUGUAUACCACAUUAAGUACCAAUUUGCCUAUUUCUUCCCUCAGUUGUUCAAGAUCAUUUGAUACAUUUGUGACCGCUUUGGUGGUGAUUACACUUCUAAAUCACAAGGCACUAUAAACUACAACAGCAACCACAACCAUAAUAUUUUUUCCCUGCAUAAUAAGCAGUUGUGUAUAAAUCACGAGUACCGAGAUCUAGUUUCCGUUUUCAGAAAGCGAAAAUAUUCCUGCUGGACCAUCUCCCCUCCAUUAACUGGAUCAAACUUGCACUUAUAGAAACUGUUUUCAGAAAGCGAAAAUAUUCCUGCUGGACCAUCUCCCCUCCAUUAACUGGAUCAAACUUGCACUUAUAGAAACUGUCGAUGCCAUCCCAGAUUAAAAUUGAUCAGGGGAAUCCAAAAUUGCAUCUUUUAGAAGGAAUCGACAACAAAAAAACAUGCUUGUACGGAUCAACCAAUACCGCAACUCACACUAGACAUUAAUUUGAGCAGAAAUACCACACUCGGAUAAGGCAGGUUAGUUCAGAAUCAAGGUGAAAAAUCACAUGCCUCCCAUCCAUGCCAACAAUGACAACAGUUACUCUGGGAAUCAAAUUCUGCAAUGAAAUAUGUGGUCUCUGGUAAAUCGAACUGUGUGAAUGACCACUCUGAAGGAAAUACCCCUGAAAAUGAAAAAUUAACUUCAAUUACAAUUCUAUUCCACUUGGACGAUAAUAACCUAUUGCUUAUGUAGAGGACAUUAUUAGAAAUCGUUUCCAGUCUAUUAUACUAGGAUCACUAAGGGCAGAGUUAAAAUAGGUAAGAUUACAAAAAGAAUGGGAAAAGUAGUUUUAUGAUUCAAUUAGAGAAGCAAACUUAAAUGGGAUGGGAUCAGUUUGCAAAGUAGGUACCAUUAAAGAUACUGAACUGUGGGUGACACCCUUUUGUUUGAAUUCUAACUUUUUACUUCGUUCCUAUUAAAACAGACACAAAGUUUGGAGGAAGGCUUACAAAAAUAAAAUGAAGAGAUGCGGUUCACAAGGAACAUGUGUAAGCCAACAUUAAAUGUGGUUUGGUUCUGUUGGGUAACACAUUUAUUUAGAAAUGCUCCACUAAAGAAUGUUUUCCAUUCAAUGAAUAACAGUUCCAAGGGUGUAUAUUGCAAUUUUCUACGGACUUCAUUAUGUGAAAGCAAAUAGUUUCCAUGUUCACAGGAAUCAACUUUUCUUUAAUUUUGACCCAGAAAUGACUGACAGAUAUUUAAGAGUGCAAGAUCAAAAGGGAAAAAGAUAAUCCACCAACGAGAUCUUCUUUCACAUUACAACAUAUUCAGUAUAAAUAAGAGAGUUGCUUAGUGAGAUGCUUAAAAGGAAAACAUAUUACUAAGGAUGCCUUGUACUAUAACCACUACACUAUUUCAUACGCUUACCAAUGGUCCCAUUGCCUGGAAGAAAAGCACAGAUAAUGACAACUGAUGAUAGAAUGUUACCUCUUGUAAUUGAGAGCCAUCC